AUAAUGCAAAUUUGUUGAUAAAAUCUGAAAUUGCAUCGUUUUAUAUUCUAACAAAAAUAUCGUUCAUCUGUGAUUUUCAUCAGUAUCAGGCACUUGUGAUUGUGACGCAUAAAAAUUUGUAAAACUGAAUCGGCAACAUUGGUGUUAUGAUACAAAAUGUCGAAAAAAUCUGAAAUAGACGAUGACUCUUUUAUAAUUGUCCUCCGUUCUUCCCCUACGACCGUCAUGGAUGAGGCGAGCACGAGCAAAGAUAACGUGGAUUUCCACACUGAGCUGGAUAAAUCACAAAUAGAGGAUGCUAUGAAAGACUUAUCUUUAGAAGUGAACCUGGCAUUUAAGGCUCACUUCAGCCUUGGAGAUAAUCCAUCUCCGAGUAGUAUGAUGGCAGCCAGUACGUUAGUAACGGACGAAAAGAGUACAGAAGAGUUACAAAGAUGUUAUGCAGAGUUGCUGGAUGAGAAUAUGGUACUUAAAGAGACUUUGAAACAGAACAACGAUACUAUGAAGAAGCAGCUGAUGUUGAUAUCCGAGUGUCAAGAUUCAGCGCUAGAAACGCACUCGUCACAUACACAAAAAUUUAAAGAAAUAAUGGAACUCAUUGAGAAACUCAGAAAAGAAAAUAAACGUCUAAAGCGGAAACACACUCGCUUGCUAGAAGAAGCGGUAAAAGUUAACAAUAAAACUGGUGAGAGUAAGUCGUCAGAGAUCGAAUUUGUGACCUCUCCUGAUGAUGACACCAUCAAUAAGCUCACUGCACAACUGGAGCUAGUUGAGAAUCAACGACGGGAGGUGAUAGCAGAUAACGAGAGGCUGAAAUGUCAGCUGGAGGCGUCGACGCGGGGGAUGGAUGAGCUCCGGGAACAGCUGGGCCGGGCUGAGCUUCAAUUGUUAAGCAAAGACGAGGAGCAUGUGCAAAAAGUACAGCAACUGAUGACCACUAUUGACGACUUGGAUAGUAAAUUGAAGUCUUGUAGCUCGAAUAUAUCUCCAGAAGAGGUCGCUAAACGAGAUGAAGUUAUACAACAGCUGGAGACAAAGAACUUUGCGUUGAUGAACGAACUGAAGAAAGCUCAGAUAAAGAUACACGACUUGGAGAAUAUUAAAUUGGAGUUCGUACAAUACAAGUCCGGAACAAUAGAGACAAUUAAAAUGUACAAGGAUCACAUACAAGAACUGAAUGACAAGAUAAAGGACGUCCAAAAGACGGUAUUCCAACCAGUAGACUUGAUGCUUACCACCGAAAGUGAAUCGUCAUCAGAAUAUUCCACAUACAUGGCUAAUGUGAAGUUAUACGACAGGACCCUCAAACACCUUUCCGAAUACCUCAACGCAUUGACUAAUGGGUUAUCCGAUAGUUUGGUUCAUUCGUUAGGUGUGGUCGCAAGCCUUCAAGACUAUAAAUUGGAGCGGGCUUCGAUAGACAUGGUUAAAUCUGGACUCACCGAUCUGAGGCAAAUGUUAGACAAACAGCACAAGGCCGUUGUCAGUAAUAUAGGUCAAGUUCGAGGCGCUCUGGUAAUUUUCGAAGGUAUCUUCAAAGACUUUAAUGAACUCCUUAAGAAGUCAGUCUCCAAUACUGAAAAUGUAAGUGUGCCCGCGCAGCUGUCGGCGGCGCUGCUGGCGCGCGGCCAGGAGCUGGCGGAUCUGCGCGCGCAGCUCGCCGACUGUGACCUGCUGCGCGCGCAGGCAGACUCCUACCGGAGUGACUUCGAAGCUGAGCGCGAAGCUCGAGAGAAGAUGGCCAGUGAAAAAGUGACGAUUCUCACAGACCUCAGAACCGCGCAGAAGAAGAUACAAGAGCUUACCAGUCAGUUGGAAGAGAUCCGCGUCUUAAGUCCGGGACUACACAAGAGUGUUACCAGCAAACGACCCACCGCACCCUCUUCCUCUACCACUACCACUACCACGAUCACAAACCUUGGCAACACGGUUCGGAAAAAGAAGAAAAUCGUAACCAAUAAUACAAAAGAAGUACGAGAGAAGACACCCCCGCCUCUACGUUUCGAUUGCCCUGUCUGCGACCAGCCCUUCAAGACUCUCAUACUAUUAGAGCAACACGUUGAAUCAUGCUUAUUAUAGUUGAUAAAAAUUAGAAAUGAACUUAGCAAAUUUUAUAAUUAAUGUAGUUGUGCUAUUGCGCAUUUGACGCUUUUAGAAUCUUUAUGCUGGUUCUGUACUUUUGUCUUAUUUAAUGUCGAAUACGAGUAUGUGACUCAAGCUUAAGAAUUUUGUAUGAACUUUUUUUUCAAGCUAAAAGCUGUCUCUCAGAAAAACAAACAAAUAGAUUUAAAAU